AUGCGGGGUGCCGAAAUGCGGGGGGGCAGGAGUGUGGAGAUGCGGGGUUUUGGAAGGCUAGGCAUGGUGAGUGCCUUUGCCCUGCAUGUGGAGGUCUGUCUCAGGCUCACCCGCCAGCCCCGCAAUUUGCACCAAAUUCCGGCCCAGAAGGCAUUCUUGAAGUAUGAAAGCGACACAGAUCAACGUUCAUCAUCCACCACUGACUUUCUUGGUAGAUUCCAGGAGUGGUCACGAGUUUACGGUCCAAUCUUCUCACUGAAGACAGGACCUUCAAACCUUGUGAUCCUAAAUAAGGCAAAAGAUGUUAGAGAAUUAUUUGACAAACGAGGCGCAAUAUAUUCAAGCCGGCCUCCAAACCACAUAGGCAACGAGCUCAUUACACGUGAUAAUGUGCACUUACUCCUCAUGCCCUAUGGACAAAAAUGGCGGAAUCAGCGGAAAAUUUAUCAAGCUAUUCUCAGCAUUACGGCGGUGCGCGCUCUCACACCAUUGCAGGAAGCUGAGGCUACAUUGACUUUGUAUCAACUCGCACAAUCUCCUGAGUGUUACUACGACCAUAUCCGGAGAUACUCCACCGCCGUCAUCUUGUCUUCUGUUUUUGGUAUCCGUGGGCCUGAGUUCAACCACCCCAACAUCACGCGCCUCUACCAUGUUCAGGAUCAAUUCACCGCCAUCCUGGAGACAGGAGCAACACCUCCCAUUGACGUAUUCCCAUUUCUCAAACGUCUACCUGACUUCAUGUCACCCUGGCGCCGCUGGGCCCGACGAAUUCGAGCGGAGCAGCGACAGCUUUAUUUUGAGCUGCUACAGGAGGUCAAGAGUCAGCGAAAACGGGGGAUCCAACGGAACUGCUUUAUGAGCCAAUUGCUUGACGAAGAAUUUCGUGCGAAGCACGAAUUGGACGAAGAGCAUAUUGCAUACAUUGGAGGUGUGCUGAUGGAAGGUGGAUCGGACACGACUUCGUCCACACUACUUUCAUUCUUACUAGCUAUGGUCAAACAUCCAACGGUAUUCCGAAAGGCGCAGGAAGAGGUUGACCGUGUAUGCGGGACUACAGAGUCUCCUACAUUUGAGCAACUCGCGCAAUUGCCCUAUAUUAAACACUGUGUUUCUGAAGUCCUACGCUGGAGGCCGGUCGCAGCGGGCGGCAUUCCCCAUGUGCUGAUCCAAGAUGACGAAUACAAAGGGUACAAGUUUCCUACAGGCACAACAUUUCUACCUAAUACAUGGGCAAUCCACCAUGAUCCCGAGCUAUACGACUGUCCGGAAGACUUCGUCCCAGAGCGCUACGAGGACAAUCCUUUUGGUUUCAAGCCGGAUAUUAAAGAACUUUCGGAUGGCAUCCGCCAGACAUAUGGAUUUGGCGCUGGUAGGAGAAUUUGUCCUGGGUCUCAUCUCGCUGAAAACUCCCUGAGUAUCAAUGUUGCAAAAAUCCUCUGGGCAUUUGAUAUUCGCGCGGGAACGGAUCCUUCCACCGGAAACCAGCUGCGAGGCGAGGAGGUUAUUGUUGACAUAGCCACACAGUGGACAGAUGGUUUUCUGAUUGCGCCAAAACCGUUCCCGAUUGUUAUGUUAUUGCGCUCGGAGAAACACCGUGAAGUACUGAACCGGGAGCUUGAUGAAGCUCAGAAGAUUUUUCAAAGAUAUGAAGAUUAG